AUGCCGCGGUCCUUCCUGGUGGACGCGCUGGUGCUGCGCGAAGGCGCCGGCGACAAGAAGGGCGGCACCUCGCCCGGCAGCCCGCCGCCGCCGCCGCUCUUCCCCUACGCCGUGCACCCCUCGCACCCUCUCCACGGGCUCUCGGCCGCCUCCGGAGGCGCCUGCCCCGCCGCGCCGGGAGCCACAGCGGCGGCGCGGAAGGCCGGUCUGCUCUGCGUGUGCCCGCUGUGCGUGGCCGCCGCCUCGCAGCUGCAUCCGCCGCCGCCGCCGCCCGCUCUGCCGCUCCUCAAGGCGUCCUUCCCGCCCUUCGCCUCCCAGUACUGCCCGUCGCCCCUGGCCGCCAGGCCGGCCCCCGGAGGCUCGGCGGCGGCAGCGGGCCACGCGCCCACCCUCUACCAGAGCGCCUACUCCCUGCCGGACCCGCGGCACUUCCACUGCAUCUCCGUCGGUGAGUCGUCUUCUGGACGUCCUCUGGGACGGCAAGGGUCGGGGGCUCAAUCCCGGGAAACACGGGUGCGCGGACGGGGGGGGGGCGUUGAUCCUCGCCUGAGAGCCUGGCCAGGGUGGUGCCAAGCGCGAUCCACGCGCACGUGGGCUAGGAAGCUGGUCUCGCUGUUUCCAAGUAGCGCGCCAGGUCUUCACGUCUAUAAUUUGCAAGGAGGAGCCACAGAACUGACUCGCGAGUAAGCGAUCGAAGGAUCGGAGUAUUAAACGCGGAGAGGGACAGAUCAGACACUCUCUCCUGUCCCAAUUUCCUUGCGCGAAACCCCAAAGUUUAACACAGCCUGCAAGCUGAGAGUGCGCACAGUUCAGCGCUGGGUGUGCCAGAGAUUAAAAGUCCCUAGCGAGUCAUUGGAGCCCGAUAGAUUGCAUUAACAAAUUGCCAUUUGCAAUGGGACGAGAUCGCUUCCACGUGGGUUUGUUCAGUGCCAGAGACUCUUGCCUGUACCUGACUCUCUAUUCGAGAGGCUAGGCCUGGGGCUCUGGAGCUGUAGCUGCGCGUUCUGAGCCACCGCAGGCAAGCAAAGUGCGCGUAAAGUCCUGCAACCCUAUAAACUAGCAAGCCCUCAUUGACUUCAGGGGAGCAUUCCCCAUUUAGGAUCAAGUCACCAGAUGGGAUGCCAAGCGCAGCAUGCCUAUGUAGCUGGGGGAAUGCGCAUGGAAGGCGUGGUGGGUUUUUGGAAGGGCCCAGAACCUUGCAUUUCCCCUCGCUCCAUUACAAAUAGGCUGAGGGAUAUUUUCUUCCGCUCCAGAUCCCUAAAUACUCUUAACGAACUGAUUAUUUCAUCCGGAAGGCAUUUAAACUUGAGUUUGCGGGGCCUCAGUUACACAUUCUGGAGUCGUUGUGGGCUGUGUCGUUUGGGGAUUUGUCAGCCCAGAGAGGUUUGCACCCAGCUGGUCUUGACUUUGCACUUUUUUCCUUCCGCUUCCCACCCUCCCGUCCCUCCUGCAGACAGUACGUCGGGCCAGCUGCCCAGCAGCAAGCGGAUGCGCACCGCCUUCACCAGCACGCAGCUGCUGGAGCUAGAGCGCGAGUUCGCCUCCAACAUGUACCUGUCCCGGCUGAGGCGCAUCGAGAUCGCCACCUACCUGAACCUCUCCGAGAAGCAGGUGAAGAUCUGGUUCCAGAACCGGCGAGUCAAGCACAAGAAAGAAGGCAAGAGCGGCUCGCACCGCUCCGGAGGCGGCUCGGCGGCGCACAGCUGCAAGUGCGCUUCCCUCUCCGCCGCGGCCAAGUGCUCCGAAGACGACGAGGACUUGCCCAUCUCGCCCUCUUCUUCGGGCAAAGACGAGAAAGACCUCGCCCUGACGCCCUGA